GGGGGCAGCAGCCGCGCGUAGCUCGGAAGGCAUGCCCCAAACGCUGAGUUCUACCAGUAUGUUUACCCCAUGUGGCUUCAGCCCUCAUCUACAUACUUCAAAAGAAGGUGAACAAGGAGGACUGAUCUUCCAGGAUGGAAACCUUACCUCAGCAUCUCUGGAUGCUCUAAUCCAGCAUCUGAUACCUACCACUGAUUACUACCCUGAAAAAGCCUAUAUCUUUACAUUCCUGCUGAGUUCCAGACUCUUCAUCGAACCCCAUGAGCUUUUGUCCCGAGUUUGUCACAAGUGCAUUGAGCAGCAGCGGCUGGAUGACCCCGUGCUGGACAAGGCUCGAAUCAGAAAAUUUGGACCCAAAAUCUUACAGCUGCUGACGGAGUGGACAGAGACAUUCCCGUAUGACUUUCAGGAAGAGCGGAUGAUCGGCCAUCUGAAAGACAUGAUUCACAGGAUAGCCCCGUGUGAUGAGGCCUACUGGAAAAAGAUGAAUCAGCUUUUGCAAACCCUGAAUCAGAAGCUUGCCACCCUCAGCCAUGGGCAAGAAGGGAUUGUCAAGAUCAGUGCUGCUGUCUCUGACAAGCUCGUUGCCUUUAAAACUAAACCCCCAUCAAUUCAGAGAGAAAUCCUGAGUGUCUGCAGUGACCCCUACACUCUGGCUCAGCAGCUGACACAUGUGGAGCUGGAAAGGUUAAGUCACAUUGGACCCGAGGAGUUUGUGCAGGCAUUUGUACAUAAAGACCCUCUGGAUGGCACCAAGCCUUGUUUCAGUGAACAGAAGAAGACGAGUAACCUUGAGGCCUAUGUGAAAUGGUUCAACAGACUCUGCUAUCUCGUAGCAACAGAAAUUUGCAUGCCUGCAAAAAAGAAACAGCGAGCACAAGUCAUUGAAUUCUUCAUUGAUGUUGCCCGAGAGUGCUUUAACAUAGGGAAUUUUAAUUCGCUGAUGGCAAUCAUUUCUGGAAUGAACAUGAGCCCAGUUUCCAGGCUAAAGAAGACUUGGUCAAAAGUGAAAACAGCCAAAUUUUUCAUUCUCGAGCACCAGAUGGACCCCACUGGUAACUUCUACAACUACCGAACAGCACUGAGGGGGGCUGCCCACAGGUCCCUGACGGCACACAGCAACAGGGAGAAGAUUGUGAUCCCCUUCUUCAGCCUAUUGAUCAAAGACAUUUAUUUUUUGAAUGAAGGAUGUGCUAAUCGCCUUCCAAAUGGACACGUCAACUUUGAAAAAUUUCUGGAACUGGCUAAGCAAGUAGGAGAAUUUAUAACAUGGAAGCAAGUGGAAUGUCCCUUUGAGCAAGACCCUAACAUCAUCCACUACUUGCAUACUGCUCCCAUUUUUACUGAAGAUGGUUUGUAUCUGGCUUCCUAUGAAAGUGAAAGUCCGGAAAACCAGACAGAAAAAGACAGGUGGAAAUCCUUAAGAUCCACUAUUUUAGGAAAGACUUGAAGAUUAAGAGAUUAUUGCAGUAGGUCAAGGAAAAGAAAUCCGCAAACAUUUUGCACUACUGAUUCCAAAGAUGCCUGUUUGGGAUUUAGACAAUUUCUUUUGUUUGAGUUUUCCGUUGGGUUUUUUUGACUGCCUAACACGAUGGAUGAACUGGAUUCAUCCACUGAAAUCAACAGGACUGUGUGCACAAUGAUGCUUUUCUAGCUAUGAGACACAGAGAGGAAGGACAAACAGACUAUUUGUGGCUGUGCCCAAACUGCGUCAGGAUCACUGUAAUUUCGCCUCUGAAGGAAAACGCAGGAAACCCAGGAGCAUGGAGCAUCAUGGAACUGCAACAGAGAAUGGAAAAGUGUAAAAAAGGAAAGCAAAAAUACACACGAGUAUUUCAGAAGCAGGUGCUUCAGGCAGCGGCUCUUUAAACCCUCUGAGGCUUGUAAAAUUAAAUCAAAAGACAGACACAGCAGCAAUCUGGUUAAUUGCUGAACGAAGAAAGAAGAACUUCACCUUGCAAUUGCAGUCCCCCAGCCUUGUUGAACAAAGCACUGACUGCUGCAGGGAUGAAGGCUGACAUCACUCCUAUGGAUACAUGUAUGUCACAAAUAGGCCACGUCAGCACGGGACAGUCCUGCAGACCCCACGGAGUUUUGCAGAGAACAAUCUCAAGUGUGACUGUUGCUCAGUUAUUCUUCUUCCCACGGCUGUUGUUGCUUUUCUUACUGUGAAUCUUGGCUGGUCUGAGGAGGGCACAGAGUGCAGAUGGUGCUGCUUAAAGACACCCCCCACCACCACUUCUGAAGUUGAAUGAAGAAGAAAAUGACUCUGGACUCAACUUACCUCUAUUUAAUGUACAUAGUGUAUUCCCUAAAUUCAUUGAUGCCAAGUUGCAUCUUUUAGAGGGUUUUAUCACACUCCAAGAAAACAAACAAACAAACACUUCAUUACCAUUUCUAUCAGGUUCCAAUUAACACAGUACUGUUUAUUUUCCAACAGGAUGCCAGGAGGAUGGGAGGUGGGGGUAAUUGCUCUGAAUUUGGGAACUACAUGGUACACUUUAAAAGGAGAAAGGGUUUCAGACUAGAAUGAAUGCACUAUUCAUGAGCAGAUAACCAUUUUUGUCUUUUUUACUUUUAGGAUCUAAACCACAUUCACCAUUACCUUACAGAUAAUAUGAAAUAGCGACUAUGUCUUGUCUUUAAAGUUGUACAAUAAUCAAGGUGCUACUGUAACAGAUAUAUUAAAUUAUAAUGUACUAUAUUAGAUUGAAAACUAAGCCCUAACAAUAGACUAAUUGUUUGUGUGUGGAAGGAAUGUUUCUAGCUGCCCCAGAAAAGACCUCAAAAAAGCUUAAAAGAAACCUAAAUGGCACAGGAUAUUGAACUUUUCAUUUUUAUUACUGACUUGAUGCUGGCCUUUUCAGAUGUUCCAGCCUUUCUCUGCCCACAACAAAAGGUUGUAACCCUUUGUUUGAGAUCAGUAAUAGUUUUAUUUCAGUACAGAGUGAUUCCAAGUGGCUGUAGUGUUUUGAAAAAUUAGGCUAAUCACAAAACCUGGCUGUGUUGGCCUAUGCAUUUAGCCAGGAAACUGGAAGUGUCCCUGCCCUCUGCCAGGCCUCCAAGUUAUCCAUGCCUGAGCUGUUGACCUGUGAGCAUUGGUGAGCUGGUGUUUGAGGGCAGCAGGCUGAGACAUGCUCUGUGUGAUACCCUGCAGGUCUGUUGUGCCUGCAGUGCAGUUCUGAUGUUGGGUUGUGACCUGUGGAAACCCGGCCAGUCUGGAUCACGGCCACGUGGAAUGUUCUGCUCCUGCACUGGCUCAGCUGAGCAGGUGCUUCUAGAUUUGCUUACACAGGGGCUUGAAGCAGAACUUUGAGUCUCCCUUUCCUACAGGUCCAUCAGUGCAUGAGUUCAAGCAGGGGGGACAUAAAACUUUGACAUGUUUAUUCAGGCUUUGUAUGGAAGAACUAAGUGUAAGGAUGGUACAACAUCAUUUCAGCCGGGGAAUGAUGACUAUUCUGCUGAUACUGUCAAUAUGCUGUUUGUUAAUUUUUGUACAUGAGCUGAGAGCAAUACAGAGGAACAUACACACAUAGCCUUUCCUUCAGGCAGAACCAUUUCCAAAAUGAAGCCAUUAAAAGCCUGUUAAAUUCCAGACAAAUCCAGAGCAAUAACCAUAAACAUAUUUACAAGAAUGCUAAUGCUUAAAUGUGUUUGCUAAAUCGUCAUUUUUUCUUGCUAUCUGCAUCUUUUUAACAGGCACAGUGUGACUUCAUAGUGGAAAUGUAGGAUUUUUAUUUAUCUGAGAUGCAAUAUAGGUGGAUGGGCCUUUUCUUAAAACCUGCUUCUUAAAAUUGAAAUCCUCACUCCUUUUCUAAUGAGCCAAUAGAGUCUGGUACAGCUGAGAUUAUAAAACCCUGAAGAUAAUUAAAAUGUGAUUUCUCAUCAUAAUACUUUAUAUUUUGGGGAACCUUCCAGGAAUUCAGUCGGUUUUGUAAGUAUAAGUUACAUUAGAUCUCCUCAGGUUUAUCACUAAACCACUUUCAUAGUCCAAAACUUUCGAACCUCAGUGCUUAAAAUGGAAGCAUAAAGGUCAGAUUUGGGUGGGUAUUAAGGGCUUAGUGGGACUGUCAAAAGCACUAAAUAUCCUUAAGCCUUUAUGUAGUCACACAUUUAAAAGGUCUUCUUCAGAGGUGCUAAACAUCCUCAUCUCUUGGGGAGUACUCAGACUUGCUUUAUGGAGGUGCAUGGCAGAUUAAUGUGUAGUAUUUGAUGUCCAAAGACACUCACUGCUCUUUGCAGAAUGGCUUGGAGAUGAGAGUGCAGAGCAUCUUAAAAUGAGAAGACAGUGCUUUUAAAAAGUGGACUUCAGGAAUCGUAGGUUGUCUUCACAGAAUUUUGUAGCCAAAAUCCUAUUGGAUGUCAAUAGAAACAAUGUAAGCCUUAAGUUACAGCUGUGGGUUGCAUUUCUAGUUCAUGUUUGGCCUAACCAGGGUGUCCAGCUCCUGGCAGGACAGUGGUUACAGCCUUGCUUCACCAGCAGGGCUCAGGAAACACGAGUACAACUGACUGAAAACAAAGCAUGACAAUUUGGGGAAUAGAUUUCUUCCAAAAAUGUAUUAGUAUUACAUGAAAAUGAGGGGGAAAAGACCAUGUGCAGUAAUUAAUUUUUCUUGCUAUAAAGGUAUCCAAGCACUAAGCCACUGUAAGUCAUUAGACUAAUAUCUAGACAAAUUACUAGUAGUAAUGUCAUGGCUUUCUAAUUCCACUUUUUUGAGAGGAUUCACCUCCCUGACAGCUGCUUGAACUAAUGCUACACAGAGAAGAGAGCAAAACCAGACCUACAGGUCUGCAGUGUUGGUAUCAAACCCCUAAGCUAGAAAGAUGUGAAUAUGUACAGUCUUCCAGAAGCAUUAACUUAGCUUCUGGUAUACAGCAGUAUUUUAAAAGACCCAAAUACAUGAAAUCACUUCUGCAUCUCCUCCAGUGUAAUCAGAAUGGCAGCAAAAGUCCCAUUUUUCCAUUUCUUGAGUGUGCCAUUCUGCAACACACGGCUCGAUAUAAGCCCAGCGGGAAGCAAUGAGGGAAUUGUGUGCCUUCAGCUUGUGUUGAAGUCAGUAGAUGAACUUGCUCAAUGCCUUUCAAAAGACACUCAAAUCAUACAAUCUUGCCCUCAGUUUCACAUCAGCAUCAAUCCCAUUACCACACGAAAGGUGGAUGGAUGUUGGUCAGCUGGGCGUGACUGAAUUUUCAGGGCAAACACUCAAAAUGAGUAAAUCGCACAAGAAUCCUGUGCACCAGAGUACCCUGAGCUUAGCCUAUCGUCAUUCCCUCUGUUAGGCAGUGAACACAAUCCUGUUGUACAUCUCUGGAAGCUCCCCAUGUGGAUAAGGAACGUGCAGAUCCGGGAGCAAACUGCUGAGGUUUCACUUUAACAAAGUGUGGGCAGAUGCUAAAGCACUUCAAAUAAGAAACAAUUUAAGCAUGGAGAUAUUUUUCUCAGCUUGAAAAUAUUUUAUGAUGUGGUCAGUGGUGAUAAGAUAAUCACUCAAGCCUGCCCCUUACUGAUAUCUUGGUUAAUUUGUUGUGUUUUGUUGCAAUAGUUUAUGCACCUUUUCUUAAAGCACAUGAGUGCUGGUUUGCACAUGACUGUAAAUCCAGUUUAGAACAGAGCUAAGAUUACUGAAUAUGUAAUUGGAGUUAUCAACAAGAAGACAUGUUAGUAGAAAAGAUACUGUUAUGCAUAUCAGGGUAAAAAUGUUACACAGUUAACAGUCUCUGGCUUAGCAAUGACUGUGCUCCAUGGAAUGACACUGAUCCCAAGCACAGCGACGUGCCAGAGGAAAAACCCCAAUUGAUUGUGCUGGGCUUUGGAGCAGUCCUGCAAUUAUUAACUGUAGUCCAGUUUUUACUUAUCGAUAGGGAUUAAACUGCAUCGACAGCUGGUAUAGUCCCUGUGCCAGGUGCAACUCUCAGAUGGGAGGUGCACUUAAUAGGGAGAAAAUCCAGCCUUAUCAAAAGUUUUCUUUGACAUUGUUGAAAUUUCAGCAGCAAAUUCAAGGACUAAAUCUGAUCCAAUGGAUUGAUUCAUGUCUGUGAUCAGAAUUUGACUUUCUGGCUUUAAGAACCUUUUUCUCUUUUUAGACUGGUAGAAAUUAGCCAUACUAUCUCAGAUGAUUCUCUCAUUGGAAAUUAAAACCCCUUUGAUUGUGAACUGAUUAUUUCCAUUGUCGUAGUUGCAGAAUGAGAUUAGGGAGUGACAAGGAAACAGGGAAAAGCCCCUUUGUUACUGCUCAGAGGCCCAACUGUGGACCAAAGCUGUCUUCUUUUUUCCUUUCUAACACUACCUGUUGAGUGAAAUCUCCUCUGUAGUUGGUGCAGGGCAUUACUGAAGUGUGGCUGGGGAACAGCACACGCAUACCUGGGGUCUGUGUGGUGGCACAUGUGCUAAUGGAGGCACAGGGGGGAUUAGAUGAUUCUGUACAAAGUCAUAUCUGAGCCUGCACUCUUAGCUUUCUGAUCCUGGGACACAUCCCUUUUGAAAGGUAGAAAGUUCUUGCAAGUCCACCUGGGACAAAGCCUACUAUGCUUCCUUAUCCAUCCAACAGAAUGAGUACAAGAAAAUUCUUUUGAACUAAAAGAGGUUUCUUAGUGGACAUGAAACAGUGAAGAAUUUGUUACUGAUCUGGAGUUUAAUCUGUUUUGUAUUAAUUUCUUUUACAAUUCUUUUUACACAUUUCGCAUAUUUUCAGAUAUUGAAAAAACACUAAGUUCAUUAAAGCUAAUGGUCAUAAAGGCAUCACAUCCUGCAUUUUUACAUUAUGCAAGAUGUAGAUGGGGACCCAGUAGCUUGUAUGGGUGGUAUUUCAUACACUCUGCAUAGGUGCAAGACACUGAAACUCAGGCUACAGCCUCAGCUACAGAAAAAAAAAGCUGAAUAUGAGUAACUCUUGCCCAGUUUUCCUGCCCUGCUCUUUGGCCAGGCAGAGGCUGUAGUGCUGUAAAUUCACAGUGGCUUAGACUGCUCCCUUUUCCCUUGGUGCCUUUCCCUCCACAGAAGUGGUAUUUUGCUCCAUAAACAGCUCUUGCAAAAUGCCAAAGGAACAUUUUUCUAGCUCUCUGCCAUACAAAGGCUCUGUAAUCAUACUCCAGAUCUGUCAUAAUAGAAUAGGAGUCCUCCUCUGUUUUCAUCCCUGUGGCCCUAAAGCUGCCAACCCAGAUUAAUACUGCAGUGCAGCAAUGUUCCCAGGCUUUCUUGAAUGCAGAAAGACUUUGAGUUCAGAACUCGAGUCCUACAAAUUAAAUGUCUGUACGGGAAACUUCCUUCUAAAAGGUGCAGAGCCCAUUUAAUGGAGUUCUGAACAGAAAAUUCCAUAGUCCAGCUACCUUUCAGAGAAACACAACUUCCUCAGUGAACUGUUACUGGUCAGUACAAUAUCCCUGCUUUCAUUAUUUAAUUAUGCUUCUAGAAUUCCAGUCUUUUUGAAACAAAUGUUUGAUGGUUUGUUGAUGUUUGGCCCAUGGGCAAACAGAGUUGAGAAAAUGGGGGUUGUAGUCUGGACAGUUGACAUCAUGUGUGUUUCUGUAGCAGCCCAAGUUGUGUUAUCACUUACUGUCUGUCCUCUCCUUGAACCAGAAGGAAUUGUUCCAAUAGAAUCCUCCUAAUUAUUAAAACUUAGCAAAAGACACACACACAGGGUUAUUAAAUUCAAGUGUUUCAAGAUAUGAUUCUUACAAAUGUGCAAGUACUUCCCUUAGGGAUCUGUCUGUAGAAACACCGUUUGCUGGUACACAACACAGAUGGAAAAUAAAUUAUCCUCUGGGUUUCAGAACUCUUAGCAAGUGUUCAUCAUCUUAUAAAGGUCAAAAAUCAGAUUUUAAGGGUUUUUUUUUUCCCUUUUAGCGACACUGACUAUCAGCUAUCUGAAACCUACACUCCAGGAACAUGCUAUUCAAAAACUGGUAGAAUAAUACUGUUUAGUCACAGACCUAAAAGCACAGAGUAAAAAUGGGUAAGCAGAACUGUCCUUAUUUUCAGAUUGAGAAAUUCAAAGGUUGAAUGACAUGUCCUCGAUCACCUGAGAAGCAGGUGCUUUCAAAGGAUUACCCCAUAAAAAUAUCCAAAUUUUAAUUUAACAUUUCUUCUGGUGUAACUCCUUUUUACAACUGUGCUUAGAAAAAUGGGAACUAAAUUAUCACUUUAGUUCUGAAAAAGAAUCAAGCUAGGGAAUAAAUAUGGAUUAAAAGACUGGUAUAUACUUAUCAUGUGAGUGAUAGCAAUGAGGAACUGUGCUUUUCCUGUACCUUCUUCAUUAAAUUAAACAAUUUCAUGUUAGGAUUAGUAUUUCCAGGUCAAAUUGAAAUCCCUCUACCUUAGAAUCAUAAAAAUGUAGAAUCAUUUAGGUUGGAAAGACCAUUGAGUCCAACUUUUAACCCAUCCAUAACACCCAAACCACGUAGCUUUGUUCGAAGUGCUCAGAACAAAUACCAACACUUUAUUAAUUGCACAGGCAGGAAACGGCAAAGCUACUUGAAAGUGGCUGUUAGGAUUUUGUGACUGUACAUAGAUCUUGCAAAAUGUUAAUGGUAAAUAUGCAUUCUGUACCCCACAUAACCACUGCGAGCAUAGCAUGGUCAUUGUUACGCUUUAUAGCUGUUGUGGAAAAUGUCUUAACCUGCAUUCAUGAUGGUAGUGCCCAUCCUAUUCCCAUGCCUUUUUAUACGGUUGUGGUAAGAUUGUUAUCAACUCCUUUUGUCAGUCAUGUUCCAGCCUACAUACCUAUGUAUAGAAUUUAUAUAUUAAGCCCCCCCCCUAAUUUAUACUGUGUUUUAACAGUUUGCCUGAACUGUCUAUGGUUUCUAAAUUUUGUAAUGUGAGUGUCAAAUAAGAAUAAUAAUUAAAACGAAAA